AUGCCAUUUUCAUCCAAAGCGUCUAAGUCAAAGUCGUAUAAGAAACAUUCGUUUUCUGACAUGACUAAUGAGGAACCAAUUCAAUCAGAGUCAUGUGCACUUCUCAAACAUAAAAAGGAAGACCUGACUAGGCAAGAAAGUAGGCAUACUACUGUUGGGAUGCCUGAGAAAUCGAGUCUCGGAACACAUGAUGCGCACACCACAAUCGUAGCAGUUGCAAAUGAUACAAACCCCUUCAGCAAUAUCCCAUCAGUCACGCUGAGCGGUUCGUCAGUUGAGAGCUUGCUUCAAAACGGGCGCUUUCUAAAGCAUCCGCAGCACUACUUAGACCUUUUUACACCGCUUCUGGAGUUUUUCGUGUACUACAUGCACCCCAGCAGCGCCUUAGUGUGUGUACACGGGAUAAAAUGCACUUCUGAUGACAUGGAUGAAACUGUUCGCAUGGAAACAGAGGGUGUUAUCGUCCCCGAUGUUGGUAUUACACCAACUCCACACACUGUAGUUAACACAAAUAAUACUUUAGUACAGAGCUGCACUGGAAGAGGUGCGAACAUCUGUAACCAGUGGGAUAAUGAUCAAAGUAAGAACGUGGCCAUCCAACGUUGCUGCGCAGAGCUCAUAGGGAGUUAUGAAAAAGAAUAUACAGUUGAAGAAGGAUCGUCAGAACACAGCACAAGUGGACCGCAUUCCCAUUUCUUCAGAAGCUCAACCACUGCCCGACAACAACAACAAUCUGGAUCUUUCGUCGUGGAUGCAUGGCGUAACGGGGCUUAUUGUGAUUCAAUGCAUCAGUCUCCACGAGAAUUUAAAGAGCAACUGGAGGCACAGAUGCAGUUAUUGAAAGUAAUUGCAUUUCCUAUGACAGUUUUGUCAUAUUUUGCGUCAUACUCACUAGAAGACAUUUUUGCACAAGAUUCUAUUGAGCGGUGUUUUUGCAACUUCAGCGAUCACUCUGGCAGCUACAAAAAGUGGUCCAGAAAGGAAGUCUAUGAUCCUUCCAUUAAUGUAAAGUCAACUAAAAAUGGAGAUCACAGCCCAAAAGCAAGCAAGAUGAAGCAAUCUUGGCCACAAACUGGAGAGGAUUUUGAUCAAAUGCUAAAAUAUCUCGCGGAGUCUUGUCGUUCCCAUUACAACCUCGAUAAGCUUAAUCAGUUAAUGCAUUUACUCAAUGAGGCCGCCUCGCGGUAUCUUCCGGCUUUUCCGGAUGAUAACGCCUACUUAAUGGCUAAAGGUGCCACCUUCGUUAUGGAGCACUGGUCCAGAUCAGCAAGCCACGGCAAAUUUACAACCGGUAUCUUUACGUUAGCACAUCGAUCAAGGCUGAAGCUUCUCGAGCAGGCUGUACCGUGUAUCCAAGCGAUUACUGGCAUUCUCAGGCACCACACCCGCUGCCGCCUGGCGCUUAUGAGCCCCAGGCCGCGUGUACAGCGGGUAGGCUCACGUCUUCACUUGAGCCCGAAGGAAGUCGAUACUCUGACGUUUCUGUUGCUAUGCCAUUGCGGAGCUAUGUUGUGUGCUUCAAUCAAUGUUCCACAAACCCCGUUAGCAUUGGCUCACCAAAUGAACCUCACACCAAAGGAGCUUAUGUGGUUCUUAAACGAGCAUCGUCCUCAUAUGAAGCAAGGUCUCAUCACUUCCGACGCACGGCAGCGGAACGGUUUUAUCGACUGUCACGUGGCGAUGCAGCAGGAGGUGGUCACAGCCCUGACGGGGGACGAUCUUACCGAGGAGCAGUUAAUCAAACUCGAGCGUACUGCCCUGGCUGAAGUGCUCAACGAGGAGCGACGACAACAGGAGCGGGCUACUGAGAUGACGGUAGUUUCUGCUACCGUUAUUGAAAGAGCGAUGGACUCGAGUGCAAAGAGACAAAAGCGUCCUUGUGACAAUCAAAUACACUCUGGAAGUGGCCUCUUUCCGCACCGAAGGGUACCUCGUCUGGAAGACGGCGAAGAUGGUCUAUGUGUCAGCAGUCCGAAUACGAGAAGUGUGUCUCCCAGUAAUGUCAGUGCGGAUGAAAACAGCGACGACGUAGUAGACUUCUCUCUGCGAAAUCUAACACCAGGGCUGGAUUCUAUGGCUUUGGCACCCCGGGGUUAUGAAGUCAAUGACUCAACCAGGUUUGGGAGUGGAGAAAACCAUGUCUCGGAUUGCGUUAGGACCUCAGGUGGAGGGCUUCAAAAUGGUGUUCAGGAAAGUGACACCACAAGCGUGGGGGCGGGCAUUACAACGCUUCCGAUGUGCACACCUGGAGGUGACGAGGAGGAAUUCCCCACCGGUACCAACUUUUCCACAUAUAAGACUGACUUUGAAUACAUGGAGGCCGCCUUCAACUUGAUCGCUACGUUUAUACGCAUCCGUACCGCUGAAGGUGACAUCAAAGAUGAUGAAGACUGUUAUCAGCCUAAGACAAAGCUUGAGGCAACGUUGCGGGAGCUCAAGGGGCGUCAGCGGGUGUGGAUGUCAGUCCACAGGCGUCGUGUACAAGCGACACUUGAGUAUACAACGAAGGGUCACGGCUACUUGCCUCGUAUUGAGCAACUUUCACAGCGUCUCGGUCUCAACGAGCUGGAAAAACAGGUCCUAUUACUUAUGGUAGGCAACGUUGUAUCGCAUGACAUUCUAAUCGCCAUCAACGGCCGCUACGGGAUGCGGGACGGACAGCGGGUCCUCACAGUGGGGUAUAUCCUUUUUGUGCUUUGUGAGAAUCUGCAGGAGCGCAUUGCAGUGCGUAAGUCUUUUUAUAAAUCUUCACCACUCAUUUCGAACAACAUCCUCUCGCUGAGUCUGGACUCGAGCUGUAAAUCGCGCUUUAACACGGAUCUCAUGGACUACGUCUGUGAUAUUGAUCGAAAGAUUGUCGACUAUCUGAUGGGGACGGAGACUGAGACCACUGAAAUGGUUCCGGGAUCCAGGUUGUAUUCUCCUACGGUGACCAUCAGUAACGUGGUACUGCCGUCACAAACCACCGAUCUCGUCCUCUCAACAAUUGAGAACUACAGUUUAUUCGAGCGGUGUAAGGUAGAGUGUGGUUUCGGAAAAGGUCUUGGCUCGGGUGCUAGCGGUCUUGUCAUUUUGUUUUACGGACCCAGCGGUACAGGGAAGACAAUGUUAGCGAACGCCGUGGCUCAUGAGCUAAAGAAGAAGAUUCUCCUUGUCACAGUAUCAGAGUUCCGCGCAGACAAGAACGCGGCAGAGAUGAUGAACUUCAUUUUCAGAGAGGCCAGACUAAACAAUAAUGCUAUUAUUUUUUUCGAUGAGUGUGAAUCCCUUUUCGAGACACGGGAAGCCAAUCCACUUGUAACUUCGUUGCUCUCUGACUUCGAAAAAUAUGAAGGACUCGUCAUUAUGGCUACAAAUAAAGCUCAGAACAUGGACGAAGCCAUGAACCGCCGCAUCUCUCUCAUGAUUGAAUUUAAGCUCCCAGGGCAUGAGAUGCGCGAGACCAUCUGGAGGCAUCACAUCCCGCCAAGGAUCAAGCUGCACGAAGAUGUCAGGCUAAAUCAGUUAGCGCUGAAUUAUGAGCUGAGCGGUGGCUUGAUUCGUAAUGCGGUUCUGGCUGGCCUCCAGCACGCCGUCGCACGCGAAAAGACCGAGACUCCGACACUCAACAUGAAGGACCUCGAGGAAGGCGCUAAGCAGCAGCUCCGUGGCUUCUUUUUGGCUUCGCAGUUGCCGUGUGCAGCGAGCAGCAAGUCCUAUGUGACCCCGAAGUGCGUUUUGUCUGAACUUGUCGUGAAGGAUACAACUAGGAAACAAAUCGAGACGAUUGCUAAGCUUGCCAAGAGCCGGAGCACACUUUUUUCUCAAUGGGGAUUUAGCCAAGAUGCAUGUGAAAAUAUUGGUGCUGUUUAUCUUUUCUCAGGCCCUAGUGGAGCAGGCAAAUCGCUCGCGGCCGAGGGCAUUGCCUUUGACUGCGGGGCUACAAUCCGUUUAUGUAACCUAGCGGAGCUCAUGUUACUUCAGGAAAUUAACAUUCACUCUGUCUUCGAAGAGGCUCGCAGUCUCGGAGCGAUUGUCGUAUUCGACCAGGCGCAAAGUCUUUUUAACCAUAGUGAACGUAGCAUCAGCAUCUCGCAAAUGAUCCAGUAUUACGCUAUGAGAUAUCCAAGGCCUGUCAUCGUUAUUGCUACCACAAGAACGUCCUGGGAUAGGGACGGUGGUGCGAUGAUAGGUGACAGUGCGUCCUGGAUUGACGUCCAAGCGUCACGUUUAGUUUUAAAUACUCAUGUCGUAUUUCACUUACCAAGUCGCGAGCUCCGUAAAGAACUGUGGUCCAAGGCUUUUCCCACUAAAGUACCACUUGCUGGGGACGUCGACUUCGAUACCCUGAGCAACUCCAUGGUGUCGGGUAAGAUGAUCCGUACGGUGGCUUUUAACGUGUGUUGUCAAGUUGCUCUGUUGCCAGAGUCUAAGCGAAAGCUAGACAUGAAGAUGAUCAUUGAUGAACUAGAAGUUGCUGUGCUUCGAGAACGGGGACAUAAUUCGUCCUCCUUAAUGUUUGCAUGA